GAAACCUUCCUGUUACAUUCAAAGCCAAAUAUCUUUCGCUCUGUUUUUAUUUUCUUUUACAUUAUCCUUCUCUCUGUCUGUACGAGCUUCUUUGUUGAAACCCUAAUUUUCAAAUCAACUGUUGACCGUCGAUCUUCAUACAGCAAUGGCAUCUGGAUCAUCGGGUCGGCCCAACUCCGGUUCCAAGGCCUUCGAUUUCGAUUCCGAUGACAUUCUCUGUUCUUAUGACGACUAUAAUAGUAACCAGGACUCCUCCAACGGAGGCCACACAUCCGAUCCCGUUGUCGGGACCAAUUCCAGCAGCAAGGAUUUUCAUAAAAGCAGAAUGACCAGAUCUUCAUUGUUUCCUGCUACUUCCUAUAGUCAGCCAGAGGACUCUUUCAACCAAGAUGUGUCUAUUGUUGUUGAAAAAAGCAUGAAAAAAUAUGCUGACAAUCUCAUGCGAUUUCUUGAAGGAAUCAGUUCACGGCUCUCGCAGUUGGAACUCUACUGUUACAACCUUGAUAAAUCAAUUGGAGAAAUGCGAUUUGACUUAGCUCGUGAGCAUGGGGAGGCAGAUUUAAAACUUAAAUCUCUUGAGAAACAUCUUCAAGAGGUCCACAGGUCUGUUCAGCUCCUGAGGGACAAGCAAGAGCUUGCUGAGGCUCAGAAAGAAUUGGCCAAGCUUCAGCUUGUUCAGAAAGAGUCAUCUUCUUCAAGCCAGUCUCAAUCCAAUGAGGAUAAAUCCUCACCGCCUGCCUCUGAUUCCAAGAAAACUGAAAACUCUCUGGAAAUGCACAAUCAGCAGUUAGCUCUUGCCCUGCCUCAUCAGGUAGCUCCGCAGCAGCAGCCGGCAGCACAUCACUCUCAGCCCACUCCCCAGAAUGUGAUUCAGCAACAACCCUAUUAUUUAACUGCAAACCAGCUACCUCCAGCACCCCAGACCCAACACUCCCAGAGUCAGUACCUGCCUUCUGAUCCUCAUUAUCGGACUCCUCCAAUGCAGGAGAUCUCAAGGGUACCGCAGCCUACACAAUCUCAAGUAAAUCAAACACCCCCUGUCCAAUCCUUCCCUCAGUAUCAGCAGCAAUGGCCACAGCAGGUACCUCAGCAGGUGCCACCACCUCAGCAGCCCUCUAUUCAACCUCAGGUUAGGCCUCAAUCAUCAACAGCUUAUGCUCCCUAUCCUCCUAGACAAUCAACAAAUGCAUCUCCAGAGACACUGCCUAGCAGCUUGUCAAUGCAAGUGCCAUUUUCAUCUGUUGCUCAACCUGUAUCCAGCCAUGCUGAUGCCAUGUCUUAUGGAUAUACUGGAGAAGGUAGGACUGGUCCACAGCAGCCUACACAACAACUGAAUGUUCCUUUUGGAGCACAACCAGGUGAUGGUUAUGCAGUUGCUGCCCCCCGCCAAGGACUGCCUCCUCCGGGGAGUGCAUAUAUGAUUUAUGGCAGCGAAGGAGCUAGAGCACAUCAUCCACCUCAGCAACCUCACUUCUCACAGGGUGGAUAUCCGCCCACGAAUUUACCUCUUCAGAAUCCACGACCAUCUGCAGCCGCUAUGGUGCGAAAUCCAAACCAUUCGCAAUUUGUACGUGACCAUCCUUACAACGAAUGGAUUGAGAAAUUGGUGAGCAUGGGUUUCAGGGGUGAUCAUGUUGUCGGUGUAAUCCAGAGGAUGGAGGAGAGCGGCCAGCCUGUGGAUUUCAAUUCUGUACUUGACAGGCUGAAUGUGCAUUCUUCUGGGGGUUCUCAGUCUCAGAGAGGAUGGUGAAGAGAAAGCCGGUGUGAUCGCAUUGCGUGUUUCUUCUAUCAUGCAUUUGAAUAAAGUCUGGCAUUAUGCGCACCUUCUUACUUCUUAGUAGAUAUUGGUGUGCAAACUUAUUGUAUAUUUUGUGCACACAUUACCUAUAUUUUAAUGGUUCUUGCUUGCUCAUCUCAUGUGUUGGGCUCCUCUCCCUUUGUCCGAAUAUUACUGUACAUGGGGAGAUCCCAUUACACCUCAUAUCUCAAAGUACUGAUUUAUGUACUGCAAUCUAAUUAUGUUCCUUCGGACUGUGCGAUUUCUCUGUUACCUGAGAUUGUGAUUUUUGAGGUGGUCAACUCCCCCCUUCUU